CAGUUCCUCACGAAAUUUAUCUGAUGUCGAUCUUGGUGAUACAAUGCAGAAAUUUAGUUUCAUUACCGAUUUAUAUAUUCGGAACUUGACGCAUCUACAUGCACAUCGGAACGGUGAAUCUUGUAAAACAGUGCAAGAUUUUAUUAGUCUCGAAACGAUUCCAAGAUUAUGUACACUUAAAGUGAAACAUAUGUUAGUUACGGAUGAAUUCUUAGAGAAAGUGAGUAACAUGACACUAGAAAGUCUAUGGUUUACUGGAUGUGUUUUUCUCACUUUCAAGGAUACUGUGCAAAAAUUGAAAGAAAUUAAGGUAACUUUUGCAAAGUCUUAUGAGACUAUCUGCUUCAGUAAGUGCCAGAGGUGUUUUGACUAUCCAUAUUCUCCGGUUAGUAAAAAAAGUGUAAUAAUCAAAAUCAAUCUAAAUAAGUGCACAAAACUAUGCAAUCUGACGGUAAACAUGGGUAAAUAUGCGAGUGUUGUACUCAGUGACCAAAUAGUAGAUGGUUUACGGCAUUUAUCAUUAGGCGAGAAAUAUUGUGAACAGCUGCUUUCGCCUUCUCAGUGUUAUGGUGCUAGAUUAGAAUAUUUAGUAAUUAGCAUCAGGGAUGUAGAGAUCACUUUCAAUUUUCUAAGAGAAAUUAACCGAAGCAAACUUAAGCAUUUAAUAUUGAUUUGUUUUAGUAUUAACGUAGCAUGGAAUGUUUGUAGUGUUUUCGAUAUAUCUCUCCUAGACUUUGCUGCUCUUGAAAUUCUAGAAAUUGAUACUGGCCAUCAUGAUUUAGGGCUGAAUAGCUGGUCAACCAGUGGAAUACAAAUGAAAAAGUUGGAAACACUGAGAAUAAAUUGCUGGUGUGUAGAUAAAGAACUCAUGCAGAUGAUAACUGAACUGGAAACGUUGAAACAUCUUGAAAUUCUUGUAAAAAGUUGGGAUGUCAAGUAUGAGCUUUUACGAAGACAACUAAGCAGUUUAAAAGGUCCAAUAGAAAAACUUUUUGUUAAUUCUAAGAUGACCAUUGGUGAACUGGUAAGGUCAAUAGAACCUUUGGACAAGCUAAAAGAAUUUUAUGUGGACGGUAGAUCCAUUCGGUCGUCAUUUAAUAGCCUCACCAAUCGAAAUUAUGGUAUAUUUAAAUCUUUGAAAAUCCGUUUAAACAAGCUGAAAAGAUUUGUUACAAACAUUAGAUCCAUUCGGUCAUCAUUUGAUAGCCUCACCAAUCGAAAUGAUGGUAAACACCAACCUGCAAAAGUUGAUGUGAACAAACGGAAUUUGGUGGAGGGUAAGAAUGUGGUGCAUCUAAAACUCCACACUCUUCAUAUUGGCAUAGAUUCAGCUUAUGAAGAACUAAUCGAACUUAUGUUGUGUCAAUAUUUUGAAGCUUUCGCAGGUAUUAAGAAACUGGUGAUAUUUGAAGCACCAACAGAUUCUUGGACAAGGUUAGAAAAAAUUCAAAAGUUAUCAGAAAUUUCGCCAGAUCAGCUAAAUAACUUGAUCGAAAAUAUUUUUGAGACGUUCAAACAGCUUGAUGUACUUGUGUUCUGUUAUAAAAGUUCCUACAUAUCUAGAGAAGAGGCGCAUAUUCUCCGUGAGUUUUUUUCGUCAAGAUGUAGAUCUCUUAAGGAACGAUGUGAGUGGUUAGAUAAGUGCAAUGAAGAACAAACCAUUUUCGAGCUUUAUAAAUAA